CUGCACUAUUUUCUGUCAGUAACGUUCGAACUGCUUUAUGUGCUAUGUGCUACUACAAAAUUGAUCAAUACUAUCUGAUUAAAUACAGAGAUUACAAUACAUGAUCGUAAAGUACAUUUAAAUGACUUGAAAUUGUCGAAUUAUUUCUUCAUAUCUCCCCCAAGUAAUUGUUAUUAAGUAAACGUCGUUAGAACAAAUUAUCAUUUAAAUUAUUAAUAGCAAUCUCUAAUGGUUACUUGAUGUGAAAUAAAUAAUAUUAAUUUUCUUUUUAUAAGAUCCGCCAUGUAAACGCCGUGAAAAUGUCAACCCGAUAAACAGAAAACGACGUUCAUCAAGGAAGUACUGCUAAAGAGAAUUAAUUAUACAAUAAAGUCACAACAAAAUUUUAUUCACAGGCACUCUCUUUUUCUUUUAGGUCCUUGUCCUUUGAUUUGCUUUUUUUAUGAUAAGUGCAUUUAUUUUUAUAUCAGCAUCUUGAUGAACGUUGUACGAAUUUUUGUAUCUUGCAAUUAUCAGUGGCCGUUACGACAUAAAUGCGUCUUUCUGAAAUAAAUACUUACAAAUAGUGAUGUGAUAUUCUGCUUUAUCUUUUUUCUUGAUUUGAUUUAUUUCUUGGUUGAGGACGAGUGUCACACCAGACUAUAUUCGCAAUAAUAGUAGUGAUUUUCAGAACAUAUAUUUAUUAGUCGAGAAUCCCGCCAAGGAUCAUCAACGACGAAAAGGACGAACUCACCCGCAUGUUUCACUUUUCUAUGCUUCUAGGUAAAUACAGUGUCAGGUCGAGAAGAUAAAACUGUAACGAUCACGUAACGCAGAUCAUUCACAAUGUUACCACACUUCGUAAAUAAAUCCGACGUCCACAAAUGGGUGAAGAAACUAUGGAUUGAUAGCGCGCGUCAACAUUUAUCAGAUUUAGGAGUAAAUCCAGAAGGAACGAUCCAAAUUUUGAAGGAUCGCCUAAUCCGAUGUAUCGUACGUACUUACUUCGAUGCGGACGUGCUUUGGGAACUAGAGGACGAGGAGGAUUCAGGAAGCAAUAGUAAUUUCCCGGGAAAAUACUUUUUGAAAGAACCAAAAAAUCCGCCGAAAAGAUUCAAGAGAUGUACAUCAGAACCUGAACUAGCCAGUUUCAGAGAAGACAUGCUUAAUCUAGUGGACGGUCAUAAGAUUGCAGCAAUUCCCAUGGAGGAAUCUGAGACUUUAACAACGGAAGAUUCAUGUUCCCAGAAUAGAGACAAUCAUGAGGAUGCCAAAGAAUCAUCUCUCCUAGCGGACAUACCCCGAAGUAGUUCUUCACUAGUUACCAUGCAUAUGCCCUUCAUUCAGCAUAAGGAAACAGUAAUUCCUCAUAAUAAUACUUUGCGCAACGAAAAAGACGGCGAACAUCGCCGGGAAGAAGUUGCAACUUUUCAGGAUGGAGAUAAAAUCUCCAGCCGCACAAAAAACUCGAGAGAAAAUUAUCCCACGUACCCUCCUCGUCACAAUAAGUCCACCCAUGACGACAAACAGAGGCAAUUCAUUUCCUUUUGGGGUAGGAAACGUUUUAGAAAUAAAAAUAACAGUACUUACGAAAACCUACAUGAUCGGAGUGAAGACUGUUCAUAUGACAGGUACAGAAGCUGCAAGAUUAGUCGUGCCGAUUAUGACAGCUCCCAAGGUAACGGACGAUACAGAAGCGAGGAAGGAAAAGAAGAAUUUCGCUUCCGAAAUAGAUCAAUGGAUAAUGAACACAAGGAGACUUCGCGUAGAACUCAGAAUCAAGGCCACGAAGACAUGAUUAACAAUCCGAUAGAUCGUGCAAGCAACUAUAGCGAUUCAGGAAGCGAUCGUGAUCAUUCAGAUUAUCCUGGAGGUGUCAAUGAUCAUAUAAAGUCAAAUCCUAACCUUCCUGACUAUGCUAGGGAUAUAAAAGAGAAUAGCAACGAGGUGUACAAACAUGACUGUUGGAAGAGUGACCAACGAAAAUUAUCUGCUUUUAAAUCGCGGUUUAACAGAGGUGAUGAAGUCGACGUUUGCAUAAAUAUAAAGAAGGAGGAUGUGUCUCAGGAUGUAGAACACGACGUGGGAGUGUCUCAGGAUAAUUUCGAUACGCUUGAUUCAGUGCCACAGAUCAUACAGGAUAAUCAGCUUGAAACAGCAUCAAACCCAUGCUGCAUGCAUGCAGCUUAUCUUCGAAGUAUUCAAGAGUACAGCCAGCAUUGUUGUGAUGGUCCAUCAAUCAUCUUUAUUAAUCGUAAAGUUACUACUGAUUGCACGGAUUUGAUGGUAUUAGAAAAUAUGGCAGUCAAGCUGGCUAAGAAAUGGCAGAUCAAAUUCACAGGUCAAGAUGGAUGCACUGUGCAGGAAUUUAUCCAGAAGGUAAACAUGCAUCGCAAAGGCACAUCAAUCACGGAUGAUGAGUUGUUGAAGGUUUUACCUUCGUGGUUGGAAGGUCGAGCAGCACAAUGGUGGAAUAUAACGCAUCAUCGAUGGAGAAAUUGGUCAGAGUUUUUAACCGAUUUUGAGACCAUGUACGCUGGUCCUAUUUAUCAGCAGCGGGUUCGAGAAGAGUUGCGCUUGCGGACGCAAGGGCCUAAAGAAUCCUUGAUGGAUUAUCUGAUAUCUGUGCAAAACAUUAUGUCACAUUUGAGACCGCAGCUGUCUGAAAGAGAGAAGUUGGAUCUGAUAAUGGAUAAUCUUCAUCCGGAUAUGUACCCUUACUUCUCGCCAAAGCCAUUUCGGAGUAUGGAGGAGGUCCAAGAGCAGAUGAUGGUGAUUGACGCCAGGAGGGCUCGUGCACGUUAUUAUCGCGUACCACCAUUGCCACAGGAUUCCUUGUUUCCGGAGAAUGCGUACCAGAGAUAAACUUCACGUGGGAAGAAGCACCGCAAGUCUAUUUAGGAUUCUGAUAUUAGAUUGACGAGUUGCCGAAAAUAUUUUUUGAGUAGGUCGUGGACUUAGGUGGAAAAUUACCAAUUUUUUAAAAAUUCUAUGAACUUUUUUUUUUGAGUUGAUAACAAACUUUCGAAUAUUGCAAGAGAAUAUAUUAAGGAAGUAUACGUGCGAAGAAAUAGAGUAUACAGAAAUUAAUAUUGGAUCAAAUCUAAAAAACUUAUUAUUAAUAUUAGUUAUUCAUCUGCUGGUAUUUUGUGUCAAUUAAUCGUAGAUCUAUAAUUAUAACCCCUGACAUUUGCGUCUAAUGGCCAAUUUCUUCACUUUCGGAUAAAAUUCAUCCUCCGGAUAAAUCCCCAGUUAUCCAGUCAUUUUCAAGUUUCAGAAGUUUAUCCGCAGGUGAAGAAAUUGGCCAUAAACAUAUUAAGGUAAUCAUAUUUUUUUUUUU